AUGGUCCAGGAAAAACAUGAAGAUGAAGCUCGAGUGACUUUUGUGAAGAAAGAAGAGCACAGAAUUACUGAAAGGAAAGAAGUCGAAACUGCUGUACGUAAGGAGCCUCCAAGAGAAGUUAUCGGUUCACAAAAGGAUAAAGAACGAAGAAAAGCUGAAACACCGGUCACAACCCCUACAGUUUCACCUCUACCACGACAGCAUCGUAUGGAAGGUUUCGCCGAGCCAACACACAAACAACCUCCAGCAGUUAGUCCAGCGCUCGUGCCUCCCAACCGACUGACCGAGCAGCAACUCGAAGUACAAAGAAAGGAAACUUCUGUUGAGAAAGGGACGACACAGACAGAUACUGUCAGGAAGGAAGCCCCUCCGAAAGCGCAGGAAAAAGUUGAAACUCCCGUCAAGAUGAAAGAGCCUGUAGUUACUGAGCACAAGAUCAAAGAGAUCAAAGAAAAACCUGAAAGUGAAACUUUAGUGAAGAAGGAAGAAGGUCCCGUUGAAGAGAAGAAGGAGGUGAAAACUACUGCAAAGCGCGAGCCUACAGUGGAGGUCAUCAGCCGUGCAAAGGAAAAAGAAGAAAGAAAAGCUGAAACACUUGUCACAAAACCUACUUCACUCCAACCACGCCAACAUCGCAUCGAAGAAUUUAGCGAGCCCCCUCACAAACAACCUCCUGCUGUUAGUCCUGCGCUUGUGCCUCCCAAUAGGCUGACCGAGCAGGAAAUUGAGGUACAAAGAAAGGAAACUUCUGCUGAAGAGAAAGAAAUGAAACAACCAGUUCCAGUUGAGAAAGGAGCUCCGACACAGGAGAAAGAAGAAACCCCAUCCAAGAAGAAAAAGAAGACCGAAGCUCCUCAGGUCAAAGAACCUCCGAUAGAAGUGGUCAGUCCUGAAAAAGAGAAGGAACCAAAGAAGGCUGAGACACCCGUCACUACACCUGCAGCUUCACCUUUACCACAGCAACAUCCUAUUGAAGGUCCUGUUGAGCCAGCUAGCAAGCAACCUCCAGCAGUGAGUCCGUCGUUGGUGCCUGCUAAUGAGCUUGACGAACAAAAAGCUCAGAAGGAAAGAGAGGAACGUGAAAAAAUUGCAGACGGCGCCCCAGCGCGAUUGGAAGGCACUCCAUCGCGGAAGCCAGUUCCUGCUACUGCACUGGAAAGUACUCCAGCACAGGCGGCAGUCCCCGCAAUCGCACAAGAAAGCGCUUCAGCACAAGUGGCAGUUCCCGCAACUGCAGAAGAAAGCACUUCAGCACAGGCUGCAGCUGAAAGCAGUCCCAAAGGUGGACUAGCAGCAGCAUGUGUACGUGCGAUUUCGGCAGCAAAAGAAAUUACUCAAACGAAAGGUGGCAGAAGGGCUAGCACUUCUAGAAAAGAGCAGCACGAGUCCGGCUCAAGUGAUAAGUAG